AUGACGGCCAUUAAAGCCCUUCCUCAUGCGAAAUCCCCAGGGGUGAAUGGGUUCACAAAUGUAUAUUACAAGACGUUUGCUGACACACUGGCCCCCCACCUCCUGAAAGUCUACCACCAAGCCACCGCAACAGGCUUCCUCCCACUGCUUUUAGCAACCAUUAUCACCAUCCCGAAACCGGGUAAGCACACGAACGACUGUAAAAAUUACCAUCCGAUCUCCCUCCUUAACACGGAUGCUAAACUGUACGUGAAAAUCAUAGCAAACAGGAUGUCCCUGUUGUUGCUGAAGCUAAUGAGAGAUGACCAAACUAGGUUCAUUAAGGGGAAACACCUACAAACUCAUGCAUGUCUUUGAGCAGCUCCAGAGGCCUGGCCGAGGGGGUCUGCUAUUAGCAUUGGAUGCAGAAAAUGCGUUUGAUCCCCUCAGUUGGGCCUUCUUGAGACAUGUUCUAGUCAAAUAUGGAUUCCCCCAACAGGUCAUCACUCAAAUUUUUGCAUUAUACUCUGCCCCUAAGGCUAGGGUUCUCCAGGCAGGGUGCCUCUCCGACCCAUUUGAACUUACAAACGGGACUCUCCAGGGGUGCCCGCUGUCCCCUCUACUAUACGUAUUAGCAAUGGAACCACUCUUGGCCUCAAUACAAGCCCACCACAACAUAACUGGUCUCCAGGUUGGUGCAAGGGAAGUGAGAAUUAGUGCUUUUGCAGACGAUAUUUUGCUAUAUAUGUCCCACCUGACAAAAUCACUGCCCAACAUUAUGACGCUCAUUCAGGAUUACGGAGCACAGUCCUACUACUCCCUAAACACCUCUAAAACUCAAGCACUUAGUAUCGGGGUAUCGGUAAAUGAUCUGAGGGGACUAAGGAAGACAUACCCCUUCGACUGGAGGAAACAAGACAUCACUUACCUAGGGCUCCUCUUUACCAAGAAGGCAUCAGAACUAUACACAGGGAACCAUAUAUAAAUAUGGAAAGAGUAUAAUCUACAACUUAAGCGCUGGGCCCCACUUUACCUAACAUGGACAGAAAGAGUAGUGGCAUUCAAAAUGUCUAUCCUUCCCAAACUACAGUAUAUCUUUAGAACUCUCCCGAUCACAGUCCGAAAAUCUUUCUUUCAGAUGGUACAAAAGACACUUUUGUCUGGGCAGGGGCCAAACUGAGAGUAGCUAGGAAAAUUUUACAAACACCAAAACUUACUAUCACACAUCCAUACUGUCCUCACUCUUAUCCCACUUUACAGAUAAGAAACCCCCCCAGUGGGUAGCGAUAGAGGGGAGCCUACUGAAACCCUAUGCACUAGCAAACCUCAUGUGGCUGCCAAAAAAUCACCUCCCUCCACUGCCUCAACCAUCAAACCUAGUAACACUUAGGUUCAAAAUAUGGGAUAAACAUAGAUCUACAAUCAGCUCACAGACCACGCUCUCACCAGCCACACCGAUAGUGGCACUGCCGUAUUGCAUACCUACUUUCCAUGCCAAACCAUGGCUUGACAAAAACCUAACCCACACCUAUCACAUCCUCCAGAAGGGGGAUCUAUUAGAUUUCUCUAGAUUGAGAGACACACAUGGGCUCCCCCAGACCUCACAAUUCUCACAUAUGCAGCUGAGAUCGUUCCUACACAAACCAACAUAUGCAGUGGCGAAAACAGACUCAGAGAAGGGACAAAUCACGGUGUGGGAGCACUCAGCAAUGGAAUACCUUGUUCCAAGACAUUAA